CUUUCAUCUCACACUCGCUUCCUUCAUCGUCCAAUUCUCAUCAUGGCUACCUACUUCCAGACCACUCCCCGCAACUACGCCGAUGUCACCAUCACCGACCAGGGCAUCAACACUGAAGAGUUCCUUCAGGCCACCGAGGGUCUCAUCAAGAUCUUUGAUCUUUUCGGCUCUGUUUUCUCGGUUGUCCAGAAUGACAUGAAUGGCAACGUCAAGAAAAUCCGCGAGCGUUUCCUCCAGAACCCUGCUGCCAACUCAACUCUCCAGAAUUUGGUCAACGGUGAGAUUGCCGAGAAGAAGAAGACUGCCACCGAGGGACUCUUGUGGCUCACUCGUGGUCUCGAUUUCACUCUCCAGUCCCUGGAGCGUAGCGAGGCCAAUCCCAACGAGGAGCUCUCUGUAUCUUUCACCAAGGGUUACGAGAACACUCUCCGCCAGUACCACGGCAUGCUCGUCCGCCCUGUCUUUGCUAUGGCCAUGAAGGCCUGCCCAUAUCGCGACGUCUUUUACACCAAGUUGGGAGCGGAUCAGAGCCUUGUUCAGCAGGAUCUGUCUGCUUAUUUGAAUGGUCUCCGCAAGGUCGUCACCGACAUCCAGACCUUCUAUGCCGCCAACAAGUUGGACAAGUAAACGGAGACAGGACUCUACCCCACAGAUCUAUUUUCUCUGUUUUCUUUGACACUUUUCGUUUCUGACUUUUUUCGAUGUAUAUAACAAUAAGGCCCAGAAUGAAAGGCGCAAAUACAGGAAAAUAGAAAAUAUAUAUAAAUAUAAAAUACCACGGAAACAGGAACAGAAGGGUCUUUUAAAGAUAUCUGGGGCCUCUUGUCAACUCGUGGUGUCC